AUGUUUAACACCGAGGUUGGGCCUUCGCCCUCGUGGCCCCGAAUUGAUCCAUUGGUGCCUAAGCAACAAAGUCAACUCCAAGACAAAACAGAAUCAGCCGCUUCCCAGAGCGACGAGUGCCCCCAUGUCCUAUCGGCUCUAAAGAGACAAAAAGGUAUUGUCGGGGUUUUGUCUCCCCAACAACAGAACUCAGAUUCUCUCAUUUGGUUACCGACUAGACCAUCGGAGCUUCGUUCCGGGAGUCUUCCCCGGACGACGUCUAACGGUCUUUCCUUAUGUGUUGUGAUUCUCAGGCUUAGCCCCACCAAGACACCUAUAGAGACAGAGUUAAGUUCGUACAACAUAUCACAACAAAUGGGAAUAAAAGCCUACACGUAUAAAUGGAGGACGAAAGUGGUAAUUUGCUUUAUUGCUGCACGACGUCGUGUCAGAAUCGGCAAUAUCUUAUGUCGAUUGCCACGUGGAUAUGGUGUGAAUACACUAAGCAAAAGCCGGCCUCAUACACCUGCUAUCUCUGGUGGCUUGAAAAACAAGCAAGAAUUAGGGCAUAAAAUGGGAACGAUUUGGAGCGGAGGACACAAAUCCAGAGAAGAAAUCGAAAUGGCUCUUUCCAAAGUUAAAGAAGUCGUCUCCUCGAAUCCCGUCGUCGUCUUCAGCAAAACAUACUGUGGAUACUGCAAGAGGGUGAAACAGCUGUUCAAAGAGCUUAAUGUAUCUUACAAGCUUCUGGAAUUGGAUGAAGAAAGUGAUGGCAGUGAAAUUCAAUCAGCUCUAGCAGAGUGGACCAAACAGACAACUGUACCAAAUGUGUUCAUCGGUGGGCAGCACAUCGGUGGUUCAGAUGCUGUUAUGGAGAAGCAUAGAGCUGGGAAACUGGUGCCUAUGCUGACAGAAGCAGGUGCCAUUGCUAACAACUCUGCUCAGCUCUCCAGCAUAUGAUAUGAUAUAUGAAUCUUGAAGGUUGAUAUCGAUAAUUAAAUAAAUGAUAGGAUGACAAAUAUGUGUCUAUUGCAAUUGUGGAUGUGUGUUUUGUUUAAUAUGAUGUAUGGAUAUAACUACUUAUUACUUAUGUAAGGAUCACAUAAUAACAUUUUAAGUUAACAACAUAUAUUUGCAGAUAGGUGUAUCUUUGAUGUGUGUUUUAGAAUUGAAUAAAUAGAACCUAAUACUCAUUUGUUGUAGGAGUGUUUGAAUGCGUUUUGG